GAUCUUCUCGUUUUCUCAAUUCCCUUGUGGCUGGCUUGCUCAUUACUUACUAAUUAGCAAGCAAUCAUACGUUCAUGGCAGGCACGGCCAGCAUAAGGUUAAAUUUUCCUGGAAAACUGAUCGGCAGGAAAUUAGAGAAGCAAAACGGUGAUAUCUUGCAUGUGGCUUCUUGUUCUUCUGGAAAAACACCCUCAUUAGGUGACCAACGAAGAUUGUCAUUGGUAAGCGCGAGUGCUCAGAUUGAUGUUGGGAUAUCAGGCACCGUCAACGGCAAAGAGGUGAACGGAAAACAUGUCGCAGAGGAGGCUGUUCAAGUAGGAAAAUUGGGAAACGAAAACGCGGCAGACGCAGCACUUGUUACCAGCUUGCAUGGAAGAUUUGUGGAGAGCAAGUUCGUAUACAGGCAGAUUUUCGUGAUCAGGUCGUAUGAAAUUGGACCAGACAAGACUGCCACCAUGGAGACUCUCAUGAAUUUCCUUCAGGAGACAGCUCUAAAUCAUGUUACGAGCUCUGGGAUUGGAGGAAACGGAUUCGGAACGACCAGGGAGAUGAGCAUCCGGAAACUCAUAUGGGUUGUUACCCGUAUCCAACUUCAAGUGCAGAGAUAUAGCAGCUGGGGAGAUGUGAUUGAGGUUGACACAUGGGUUGAUGCAGCCGGCAAGAAUGGAAUGCGCAGAGAUUGGGUCAUCAGAGAUCACCACACCAAAGAGAUCAUAACCAAAGCAACAAGUACAUGGGUGAUCAUGAACAGAGAAACAAGAAAAUUGUGUAAGAUACCUGAAGAAGUGAGACAAGAGGUUGUCCCCUUCUACCUCAACAGAAGUUCCAUUUCCACAGAACAAACUGACUCUGAAAAGAUCGACAAGCUCACCGAUGAUACUGCUGAGAGAAUUCGAUCCGGAUUAGCUCCAAGGUGGAACGACAUGGAUGCUAACCAACAUGUGAACAAUGUGAAAUACAUCGGAUGGAUCUUAGAGAGUGUGCCGAUCAAAGUUUUGGAAGAUUGUAACAUGACGAGCAUGACUUUGGAAUAUAGAAGAGAGUGCAGGCAAUCGAAUCUGUUGGAGUCGUUGACGAGUCCAACGGCAAGAGUGAUUGGUGACUCCAAUAAUAACUCCAUUAACAGAAAACCAGACCUUCAGUACACCCACAUGCUUCGUCUUCAAGGUGAUAAAAAAGAGGUUGUCCGAGCAAGAACAGAAUGGAAUUUGAAGCCCUGACACAGAGUGAUUAAUUCCAUGCCCGAAAUAAACCUUUUAAUCUCCUGUCAUUUCUACUGUGCUUCCUUGUUUCAUUGUCCCUUCCUUCUUCUCUGUUUUAAUUUUGUGUUGAAACCUUAUAAUCCUUGUACCGUUGAAAAGAGCCGAUGCCUGAUGAGUGUUAUUUAGCAAUAAACUGAUAGUUUUGAUGAUGUUAUUUGUAAAUAUUAUCAUGUUGAUAUGAAAAACUGUCAAUGAA